GUCGUCUUACAGAAACUUUAAAGCAGUUUUUGAAAACAAGUUGGAAAACUAUUGAUUUUGAGCUUUCUACCCAUUUGUGUUCUUUUUUGUUUGCAAUAUUCACUUCUAGUUCAGUGAAAGUAGCAAAACAAAAAAAAAAUGUCCUUUGAAGUUGAAAGAGUGGUGGUGAUCGUGGAUGCCUCGAAAGAUGUUAGCCUGAGUGCAAUCAAAUGUGCCCUGAAAGGCUUACCACGUAAGCCUGGACAUAAGCUCCUGCUUCUAGGAGUUCUCCACCAGGUUAUUAAUCCUAGUACGUUUUCAAAGGCUGGAAAACUGCUGGGCUACAAGAGCAAAGUGGAUUCAGCAUCCAUACUUGGAGCAAAUAAGAAGACUGUACGGGAAGAAGUUGCACGGAAGAAGGAAGAGUACAUGAAUAAUGAGGAACUUAAGGAGAUAUAUCAAGAGUGCAAGAAAGCAGAGAUUCACUUCCUAAUAGAUGUGAAAGCUGGAGCUUCGCCUAAAGUUGUUGCUGUAAAGGCUGCCAGGAGUUUUGAGGCAACAUGGGUGAUACUUGACAGGCAGAUGAAGAAGGAUGAGAAGUACCUCAUGGAAAAUCUUUCAUGUGGAAUAGCAAGGGUAAAAAGCAAUAACCGCAUUGAAAGGUUGAAAGGGCAAAAAGCCAGUGUACACAGUAAAACGUCCACCAGGAAAAGCACUGGUGAGAGUAGAAGCUCUGCAGGUCAUGUCACAUAUUUUGAAAUGCUACCCAGUGGCACAGAGGACGAAUUGUCUCCCAGGAGCUCUACCAGUCUUCAGAAAAAUGACAAAACAAAAGGCGAUGGUGCUGGUGCAGAACCCACAAUGCAUCCUCCCAGAACAUCUGCAUUCUAUAAAUCUUCAUCAAGUGAGCAGCUUAUCACAACCACGGUUUCAACUUCAAGCCUGGGCAACACUGAAGCCUCGAGUUCCAGCUUUACCGAGGACCAGGGCUCCCCUCUGUACUUUCGCGAUGAGGAGACUACCACAAACACAGAACAUGAAACUGCCGGAGAGCAAUCCCCGUUACUCGCUGCAGACAUGCAAGAGGAAGAUAAAACAAAUCCAGAUAGUGGAUUCAGUCUGGAAGACCCACAGGUACAUCCCAGCAACAACAACAGUGAUUGCAUGGAAGAUCGUCAACAAAAUGAGCAGUUUAAAAACCCUAUAUGCUCCAUUUGCAAGAAUAGACGUCCAAAAGUUGGAUGGAAAAGAGACUUCACUUAUGCAGAGCUCCAAGCUGCCACAGAAGGAUUCUCUCCAAGGAACUUUCUAUCAGAAGGUGGCUUUGGUUCUGUCUAUAGAGGAAAGCUGAAAGGGCUGAAAAUUGCUGUUAAGCAACAUAAAAGUGCCAGUUUUCAAGGAGAGAAGGAAUUCAAAUCUGAAGUUAAUGUACUCAGUACAGCCAGGCACGAGAAUUUGGUCAUGCUGUUAGGAUCAUGUUCAGAAGGAAAUCACCGGUUGCUGGUAUAUGAGUAUGUGUGCAAUGGUUCUCUGGAUCAGCAUCUGUCCAAACACUCUCGCAGAACCCUUACUUGGGAAAAAAGGAUGAGAAUAGCCUUGGGAACCGCAAAAGGUUUACAGUAUCUUCAUGAGAAGAACAUUGUCCACAGAGAUAUGAGACCUAACAACAUCCUAGUGACCCAUGAUUUUGAAUCACUGCUAGGAGAUUUUGGCCUUGCCAAAACUCGACGUGAAGACUUGGAAUACAGCUCUGAGACAAGACUUGUUGGAACUCUAGGAUACUUAGCCCCCGAAUAUGCAGAAUAUGGGAAAGUUUCUACCAAGACGGACGUGUACUCCUUUGGGGUCGUUCUGUUGCAGCUGAUAACAGGACGGAAGACCACAGAUAAAUCUCUUGAAGGAAAAAGUCUUGUAGGAUGGGCACGACCACUAUUGAAAGAACGAAAUUAUCCAGAUCUGAUUGAUCGCAGGAUCGGGGAGUCCCAUGACGUCUACCAACUGUUUUGGAUGGUUCGAGUAGCAGAAAAAUGUCUCAGCAAGGAUCCUCAAAAGAGGAUGACUAUGGAUGUGGUAGUUGAUGUAUUAACUUACAUAAUGGAAAGAAAGGGCGGUUGCUCCAUUAGAGACUUCUCCCCAGCAAGAUCAGAUUCAGCCGGUAGCAUGCCAGACUCCAGCGAAUCUCAAUACGAUGACAGAAGCUUCAAUGCGGACACAGCACUGAUGCAUGGCACGGGUUAUGCGAGCAGAAGGCUCCCGCCAUCGCCUCCAAUGAAACCCUCUUCUUCCGGGACUUCCUUAAGUGAUGCACAAAGCACAGCUAGCAGCGAAACGACCAGCACAAAGGGCGGAGAAACAUCGGGCUCCCGCCAUCGCCUCCAAUGA